AUGUCUCUCACCGCAGCGGGCAAGACGUCAACCCAAACCACCCUCACCGACAACACAAAACCAAAAGUCAUCAUCCGUGAAGCUCGAAUUCGCGAUGCAUGGCAAAUCGGAUACCUCUCAGCGACAACCUACCUCGGCACCGACCUCUUCAAAUAUCUCACCCCUAAAGCGGAAGAGCACUUUGGCGCAUACCUCCUCAACAACCGAGUCCGAGCCAUAAACCGCGUGCUCAACCACCGCAACAUCACCUUCGUCGCCGUCGAGGAAACCAAUCCUGGUCGCGCGGUCGGCUACACCAUCUUGACUCGCUUAGGCGACGACGAGGGCGCGCAACGCCAGAUUGCCAGCCGGAAAAGGUGGUGGUUGACGCUCGCGGCGUGGAUUUGGUCGUAUUUCAUGCCGCUCAUCACGAAACUGUAUACGGGCAAAGCGGAUGAUCCUGAGCAUAUCGCUGAGUUCUUGCGCGUUGCUGAUCUAGAGGAGAAGACGCACUUCGCGUCGCGUCCUGAGUUGGCUAAUCGGUGGUAUGUGCAGAGUUGUGUUGUGUCCAAGGAGUUUCAGGGGAGGAAGAUUGGGAAGGCGUUGAUGGGGGAGGUUACUAAGAGGGCGCAGGCGGAAGGGGUUUGUGUUGGCUUGGAGGCGAGUGCUCCGGGGGAGAUGAUGUAUCGGAGUGUUGGGUUUGAACUCAUUGCAAGGUUCCAGCCGUUGAAGGGUAUGGAUUAUGGAGCCGAACAUAAAGGUGAAGCUGGGGGAGUUAUGAUUUGGAAACCUGAGGGCUGGAAGUAUGACUGA